AUGCAAGAUGCUAAUAAAACCACAGUAACGGAAUUUGUUCUGUUGGGCUUCUCUAACUUUAAGACAUUUGAGAACAUCCUUUUCUACGCUGCAGUCCUGGCAUACGUUGUAUGUAUAUUUGGUAACACUGCUAUCAUUAUAUUGGUGAGACUCAAUACUUCUCUUCGCACUCCUAUGUACUAUUUUAUUACUACAUUUGCUGUUCUAGAGAUAAUGUUUGUCUCAGUAACAAUUCCAGAACUCUUAGCCCUCCUUAUGGAAGCUACCAAGACCAUAUCCUUACCUGGUUGCUUCAUCCAGAUGUAUGCCUUAAAUGCUUUGGGUGAGACGGAGUGCUUUCUACUUGCCCUGAUGGUUUUAGAUCGAUACUUGGCUAUCAACAAACCCUUACAUUACUCCACUCUAAUGACCCAGAAGUUUUGUUCUGUAUUAGCUAUAUUUCCCUGGCUGGCCGGAUUCACCAUUUCUUCAAUACCUACAAUUUGUACAAUUCUUUUGGACUACUGUGGUCCCAAUAAGAUCAAUCAGUUCUUCUGUGACUUGGCUCCUUUGCAAAAUUUGGCCUGUUCUAACCCAUUUUUCAGUAACUUGGCCACCCAGUUAGCUGCAAUUCUUUCCGUUGUGUUUCCAUUUAUCACAAUCGGAGCUUUAUACGCUCACAUUAUAAGUACAGUAUUAAAAAUUGACAGCUCAGAAGGCAAACAGAAGGCGUUUUCGACAUGUUCCUCCCACCUUAUAGUGGCUUGUCUGUUUUAUGGCACAGUCAUUGCUGUAUACAUCAGGCCAAAAGGCAGCCAGUAUGAUAAAUUCCUCGCACUUAUGUACACCGUUGUUACGCCACCAUUGAACCCAUUUAUUUAUACUUUAAGAAACAGGGAGGUGAGAAAUUCUUUAAGAAAAUUAACCAGGCAACUUUUAAAAGAACUUUCACUUUUAGUUCCAUAA